AUGUCAUUCACUGGAACACUUGAUAAAUGCAAGGCUUGUGAUAAGACUGUUUAUGUUGUGGACCUGUUAACUCUUGAAGGUAUACCUUACCAUAAAAACUGCUUCAAAUGCAGCCAUUGCAAGGGAUAUCUUACGAUGAGCACCUACUCUUCAAUGGAUGGUGUUCUCUACUGCAAGCCACAUUUUGAACAACUUUUCAAGGAAUCUGGCAAUUUCAGCAAGAACUUUCAGACUGCAAAGUCUUCUGACAAACAAAAUGAGCAGACGAAUAAGGCCCCCAGCAGACUGUCAUCCAUGUUCAGUGGAACUCUUGACAAAUGCUCAGUUUGCUCAAAAACAGUCUAUCCACUAGAAAAGAUGACACUGGAAGGGGAAUGCUACCACAAGAAUUGCUUUAGGUGUGCUCAUGCUGGUUGCCACCUCACACACUCCUCCUAUGCUGCCCUUGAUGGUGUCCUCUAUUGCAGGCACCAUUUUCAACAGCUUUUCAUGGAGAAAGGGAACUACCACCAUGUUCUCCAAGCUGCUGCAAACAAGAAGAAUGCUACACCCCCUCCUGAACCAGCUGAAGAAGAAGAGCCAUCAAAGCCAGAACCUGAGGCUGAGGCUGAGGCUGAGCCUGAGCCUGAGCCUGAGCCUGAGCCUGAGCCUGAGGAACAUGAAGAAGAAAAAUCUGAAACAUGA